GGUCACGAUCCAACUAGCCGCAAAUCCCACCAUAUACUCGACCACCGCGCCCCACCGGCCACCGCCACCGCCACCGCCGCCGCCGCCGACGCCUGGAUCCCACGCCCCACUGAUUCGGGAUACCCCCACCUCUCACGCGUCGCCGCCAUCGCCGUCGCCGUCCCCGCUCUUCCUCGUCGGGACACCGCGUUCCCCGUCCGCAGUCUCCGGCCGCCUCUGCUGCGCGGAUCGCCGGUCCGCGGGCGGGAUGGAUAAGCUGGUGCAGUUCGGGAAGAAGGCAUGGUUCGUCGUGCGGGUCAUGUCCGGCUACGAGGAGAGGAGGAUCCGGUCCUACAGGCUGCAGCUGCAGCAGCGCCUCGAGCAGGCUCAGGCUAAGAAGAAGGAGAUUGAGAAACAACCAGAGCAAGUUAUUCUGUCAGAGGUUCGUCAAGUGGUUCAGCAGAUGCAAGCUCUCAAUCAGCACCUCGAAGAAGCUGAAACUGCCAUAGAUGAGUAUUUCAAACCGAUCGACAAAAAUGCUCAGGUCUUAACAGACAUGCAAAUGGAGAAAGAAGAGAAGCAAAUGAAGGAGAUGCUCCAAGUAAUGCGAGGCCAAAUACAAAUGCAAAGAGAAAUCGAGGCGAGGAAAGCUGAGGCCAUUGCCGUGGAGCCUGUCGACACCCAAGCGAGUGAAACAACGUCCGGAAUUCCUCCAAAACAAGAAACAACGGCCGAAAGUCCGAAACAAGAAACCACUAAAUAGAUACUGUCUGCCGUUACUUUUUUCGUAAGCAAGUUAUUACCUGCGCAUGGAUGGACUCUUUACAUAGGCUCUUGCUGGGCUAGUUAAUAAGUAGGGAUCUACUGACAACACAACUGCCAAUUUUGUACCUCAGGGGGUAUUCCUUUUCGCUGGGUAGAGUUCUCAUCUUCUUGGCCCAUGUUGUUUCCCUUUCAAAGAAGGUAAAUCAUGGAAGCUUUGUGCAAUGUGAUGUGGGCUGUGAGUUGUGGAAACUGCACCGUGUGCUGAACCAAAAUUUGAGUGCUGUCCCAAGUCGGAAUCACAGCUUUACUUGGGAAGCUUUAUGUUUGUUUGUUUCACGGA